GCCCCCACGAUGGCGGCAGGGAAGGAACGAGCGAGCGGGCGGGCAGAGGGAGAACCUCCCCGGUGUAACGCGACCGGUGUGCGGGGCGUGGGGUGCUGAGCCGGGGUCCGGGACCCUCCGGUCCCCACCCGUCCCCACCGGCACCGGGGCGCUCCCGUAGGCUCCGGGCGCUUUCCCGGCUCAGCCCCGGCUGCUCUCCCGGUGCGCUCCGGUCUCAGCCCCGCAGCCAACACCUCCCCCCCCCCCCCAUCAUCGCACCAUGCCCGAGCAGCUCAGCGUGGCCGAGUUUUUGGCCGUGACCGGCGAGGAUCUGAGCUCCCCCGCAGCCGCCGCCUUCGCAUCCAAGUUGCAGAAAUGCCGGGGUGCCGUGGGGGCUCUGGAGGAGAGCCUGGAUGGGGACCAAGCCAUACUGCAGAGGAUCAGGAAAUACGUGAAAGCCAUCCACGUCUCCGGGCUCACCCACGUGGAGAACGAGGAGCAGUACAGUGAAGCCCUGGAGAACUUUGGCAACAAUCACCUCUCGCAGAACAACCACGAGCUCUCCACUGGCUUCCUCAACCUGGCCGUCUUCACCCGUGAGGUCACCGCGCUCUUCAAGAACCUGGUGCAGAACCUGAACAACAUCGUCUCCUUCCCCCUGGACAGCUUGCUGAAGGGGCAGCUGAAGGACAGCCGCAUGGACUCCAAGAAGCAGAUUGAAAAGGCCUGGAAGGAUUACGAGACCAAAGUGGGGAAGAUGGAGAAGGAGAAGGAACGUGCCCGCUUGGCGGGGGUCAUCCAGGCCGAACCGUCUGCAGCAGAGGUGGCAGAGGACACACAGAAGGAGCGGAGGCUCUUCCAGCUCCACAUGUGUGAGUACCUGCUGAAAGCCAGCGAGAGCCAGAUGAAGCAAGGGCCAGAUUUCCUGCAGAGCCUCAUCAAGUUUUUCCAUGCUCAGCACAAUUUCUUCCAAGACGGCUGGAAGGCUGCCCAGAACCUCUACCCCUUCAUCGAGAAGCUGGCUGUGUCCCUCCACUCGCUCCACCAAGCACAAGAGGAGGAGGUGAAGCAGCUGACGCAGACCCGCGAUGCGCUGCGCAGCAUCCUGCAGCUGGAGAGCAAGGAGGAAAACCUGAGCAGGAAGAACUCUGGCAGUGGCUACAGCAUCCACCAGCACCAAGGGAACAAGCAGUAUGGGACAGAGAAGUCAGGAUUCCUGUACAAGAAGAGUGAUGGGAUCCGCAAAGUGUGGCAGAAGAGGAAAUGCGGUGUGAAGUACGGCUGUCUGACCAUCUCCCACAGCACAAUAAACCGUCCCCCUGUAAAGCUGAACCUGCUCACCUGCCAGGUGCGGCCCCACGCCGAGGAGAAGAAGUGCUUCGACCUGGUGACACACAACAGGACGUAUCACUUCCAAGCAGAGGAUGAGCAGGAGUGCGUGGUGUGGGUCUCGGUGCUGCAGAACAGCAAAGAUGAAGCCCUGAGCAAUGCUUUCAAGGGUGAACCGAACGGCGGGGCGGCCUCAGCAGGCAGUGGUGCAGAUGGCAGCGUGCAGGAGCUGACCAAGCUGGUCAUCAGCGAGGUGAAGAACAUGCCAGGCAACAAGCAGUGCUGUGACUGCGGGGCGCCGGAUCCCACGUGGCUCUCCACCAACCUGGGCAUCCUGACGUGCAUUGAGUGCUCCGGCAUCCACCGGGAGCUGGGUGUGCACUACUCCCGUAUCCAGUCCCUCACCCUGGACGUCCUCAGCACCUCUGAGCUGCUGCUGGCUGUCAGCGUUGGGAACACACGCUUUAAUGAAAUCAUGGAGGCCACGCUGCCCACACAGGACUGCCCCAAGCCCUCAGCUGGCAGCGAUAUGAGCGCACGCAAGGAGUUCAUUGUGGCCAAAUACAUGGAGAGGCGCUUCGUGCAGCGGGGGGGGGCCAGCGAGCCCCACCGCCUCCGGGAUGCCAUCCACAACCGUGAUCUCCUGGCCCUGCUGCAGGCCUUUGCUGAAGGACACGACCUGGCCAAGCCCUUGGCCAGCCCUGAGGGCCAGGACGCGGGUGAGCUGGCGCUGCACGUGGCCGUGCGCUGCGCGGACCGAUCGUCCCUUCCGCUGGUGGAUUUCAUCAUCCAGAACGGGGGGAUGCUGGACCGGGUGACGCAGGAUGGGAACACGGCGCUGCAUUACGGAGCGCUCUACAACCAACCCAACUGCAUCAAGCUGCUGCUGAAGGGCAAAGCCGCCUUUGGGAUGGUGAACGCAGCGGGUGAGACGGCGCUGGAUGUGGCACGGAGGCUGAAGCACAGCGAGUGCGAGGAGCUGCUGGAGCAGGCGCAGGCGGGGAAGCUCUCCCUGCAGGUCCACGUGGAUUACGACUGGGAGCCACCCCAGGAAUACACCUAUGACAGCGAGGAUGAGCUGGAGGAGAAGGUGAGCCCCCUGCAGCGUUCAUUCAAGGGCCCCUCACUGCUGGCUGCCAGCCCCCCGCCCACCUGCCCCCCCCCACCACGCUGGAGCUGCGCAGGGAUGGACAUCACCAACCAGACCUACGAGAGCAUCCUGGUGGCUUCGCGUCCCGCACCGCGCCGGGCGCACAGCGAGGAGCUGCCUCCUCCCCUGCCCCUUAAAAACCCCACCCGGGGCGGCCCCCGCUCUAAGCACAGCCCCACGGAGCGCCCCGAGCUCCCCCGGCAGACGUCAGAGCCGCACUUUGCUGGUUUGACGGAGACCCCCGCGCCGCGCAGCCUCUCCUCUUCCUCGUCCUCAUCCUCCUGCAGCGCGGGGGCUCUGGAGGGCACAGCUCUGCCCCCCCCGGCUGCCAGCACCCGCAGCCCCCCCGAAGCGCGACGGGCGGCGUAUUGGGAGACGCGCUCCGAGACGGAGAGCGGAGGAACACGGAGGGGGACGGAGCUGAGCGGCCCCUCCCCCGGGCAGCCCCCGCCGGGUGCUGUGACCCCCGAUGUCACUCCCGUCAAGUUUGGCUCUGAGAGCACCCGCUCGUACCGGCGCAUCAGCGGCAUGGUGGGCAAAGCCACCCCCCCCCAGAGCCCCGAGGACCCCACACCCAGCAAGGUGCCCCCCGUGCCCAUGCCUCGACGCUUCGCUCCGGCCAAGGGGAGGCAGAAGAGGGUGAAGGCAGUGGUGGACUGCAAGGGGGACAAGGCACGGGAGCUGACCUUCUCCAAAGGGGAGGUGAUUGUGGUGACACGGGAGGAGGAUGAGCAGAGCUGGGUUGGCUUCAUUGAAGGUGACGGCUCCCGCACUGGUGUCUUCCCCGCCAGCUUCGUUCACCUCCUGCAGGACUGACUGCAUCCCCAUCGCCUUCUCCAUCCCCACAGGGUUGGUGGCACACAGGGUGGGCUGUGGCCAUCCUCAGUCCCCUCUCUGCUGCCAUCCUCUCCUCCUGGCAUCGGGUCCAUGACAUGGCACCGUGCUGGAUGCUGCCCUCCAGGGGUCUUGGGGACCCCUGUGUUGGGAAGACCCCUCUGGAUGGCGGUUUUGGAGAGCCCGAGGGCUGCCACCCCCCUGUGGCUGUCGGGCAGAGAAUGGAGAGGCUUGCUGCACUGGUGGCAUAAGGUUUGUGGGCUCGGCCCAUCCCAGGGCUGCAGGGAUUUGGGGCUGGGGGCUGCCCUUCACCCUCCUUUCCCUGAGGGGGGAGAUGGAAUGCGGCCCCCAGUCCCCAUCCUACAGGGGUCAGCUGCCGUGUGCCACCUCUACCAUAACUGUGAAGUGGUUGCAAUUGGUAGGAAACAAAUCAGGCUUUUCUCCAUCAUUUUAGGGAUUUGAGGGGAGGAGGGGGGGGGUUGCAGCUACAGCCUGCCCCCACUCCCUGUCUCUGAGAGCCCUCCAGGGCAGCAGGGCUGGAAGUGCCUUAACACCUCUCCAAAACCCCCACCAACCGUCCUUUAGGUGGGUGCUGGUCACCGCCUGGCUGUGGGGAUGUCAAGGUUGGGGGGAAAUGAGGGGUGCUCCAUGGGGGCCCUGCUGCAGCUGCUUUCUGGGACCAACAUUCCCCCAUCCCUGUGAUUUAUCCUCAUCCCCCGGACGUUUCAUCUCAAAGAAAGAAAACUUUCUGUGUUUGUUUGUUUGUUUUUCAUGUUCGCUCUCUCUCAUUUCUAAUAAAACCAUCAUUUUUUAAUAA